GCGAAUCGAUCCGCGGCUACGACAGCAAAAUUAACGGGAGCAGUUUUUCAUGUUAACAACAGCAGUAUUUGCCUUACGACCACACCUGCAUUGAGCGACGCUAAAAACUUGGAUAUAAGGUGAGCUAGUCCUACCCCUCCUUGCCACGUUGGCAUCUUCUCCUUGUCUCUCUCUUCGUCUACCUCAUCCCUCUCUUCCCCCAGCAUUCUCCACCAUGGCACUCCUCCCCACCUCUCUUUCUGCCUCUAUCCCCUUCCUCCUCUUCCUCCUCCUCCCCCUUCCUUCGCCCUGCGCCCUGGAGUCUCUACGAGGAGGAGUAGGAGAGGAAGAGAACCGCUCCAUCUCCACCAUGUCCUAUCCCUCCAUGUCUCCGGAGUUCUGGAGCAACAGCAGCACGGGGCUGGGCAGCAGUUCAAAGUGUUCGCAGCCGGUGGUGUGCAGGCCGGGCACCCUGCUGCCCGUGUGGAAGCCCCUGAGCCCCGGGCUGGGCGACCAGGUAGCCAGGGCCGUGGUCUACUUCACCUGUCUCAUGUACAUGUUCCUGGGAGUGUCCAUCAUCGCAGACCGUUUCAUGGCCUCUAUCGAGGUCAUAACCUCACAGGAGAAGGAGGUGACCAUCACCAUGCCAAGCGGUGAGACAUCUGUGGCCACUGUACGUAUCUGGAACGAGACUGUGUCCAACUUGACUCUGAUGGCUCUAGGCUCCUCCGCCCCAGAGAUCCUGCUGUCUGUCAUAGAGGUGUGUGGGCAUGGGUUUGAGGCGGGUGAGCUGGGUCCUGGCACCAUCGUGGGUAGUGCCGCCUUCAACAUGUUUGUGAUCAUCGCCAUCUGUGUGUGGGUCAUCCCUGAAGGAGAGACCAGGAAGAUCAAACACCUGCGUGUGUUCUUCAUCACAGCCUUCUGGAGUAUCUUCGCCUAUAUCUGGCUCUUCCUCAUCCUCUCUGUCAUCUCACCUGGAGUAGUGGAGGUGUGGGAGGCUCUGGUCACCCUGUUCUACUUCCCAGUGUGUGUGAUCCUGGCCUGGAUCGCCGACCGACGCCUGCUCUUCUACAAGUACAUGGCCAAGCGUUACCGCGCCGACAAGCACGGCAUCGUCGUGGAGACUGAGGGGGACACAACCCCGAAAGGCUUCGAGAUGAUUAUGGACGGAAAGUUCCCUCAGAGUGGAGGGGGGGUGGGAAUGAUGCCCAGUGAGAACUUCCAGGAUGGGGCCAACAAUGCGGCGGGCACCGUGGCCUACCUGCCCAACUCCAACAGCACCAUGGUGACCGUAGAGAAUACCAAGGAGCUGGACGAGAGCCGCAAAGAGGUGAUCCGCAUCCUGAAGCAGCUGAAGCAGAAGUUUCCGGACAAGGAGCUGGAUCAGCUGGUAGAUCUUGCCAACUACUACGCCCUCCUCCAUCAACAGAAGAGCCGCGCCUUCUACCGCAUCCAGGCCACGCGCAUGAUGACCGGCGCCGGCAACGUGCUCAAGAGGCACGCCGCCGACCACUCCCGCCGCGCCACCGCCGUAGACGAGGAAGUGGUCUGCGAGGACGACGACCUGGCUGAGUGCAGCCGCCUGGCGUUCGAGAGCACCCACAGCCAGUGUAUGGAGAACUGUGGCGUACUGAGGCUGGCUGUGGUGUGUCAAGGGGGCCUGGGGGAGAGCACCUUCUAUGUGGACUACCGGACCGAGGACGGCUCAGCCAAUGCCGGGUCCGACUACGAGUACAACGAGGGAACGCUGGUGUUCAAACCCGGAGAGACCUGCAAGGAGAUCAAGGUCGGCAUCAUCGAUGAUGACAUCUUCGAGGAAGACGAGCACUUUUUCGUGCGGCUGCUCAACCUGCGCAUUGGUGAUGCCGAGGGGAUGUUCGAGAGUGAUGAGCCAGGCGCGGGACCCAAGGGCCGUCUGGUGGAGCCACUGGUCGCCACGGUGACCAUCCUGGACGACGACCAUGCUGGCAUCUUCACAUUCCGUGAUCGGCUGGUGCGCGUCAGCGAGAGUGUUGGCACCAUGGAGAUCUCGGUGGUGAGGAACUCGGGCGCCCGCGGCACGGUGAUUCUGCCCUAUCACACGGAGGCGGGCACUGCGAAGGGGGGCGGCGUGGACUACGAGGACACCCAGGGAGAGCUGGAGUUCUCCAACGACCAGACAACUCAGACCCUGCAGGUGAGGAUCAUUGACGAUGAGGAGUAUGAGAAAAAGGAGAACUUCUUCAUCGUACUAGAGGAACCGCGCUGGCUGAAGAGGGGAAUCUCAGCCCUUCUGCUUAACCAAGAGGAUCCUGAUGGCCAGAUGAGUGCAGAGGAGGAGGAGGCGAGGCGCAUUGCAGAGAUGGGAAAGCCCAUCUUGGGGGAGCACAGCCGGCUGGAGGUGGUCAUUGAGGAGUCUUAUGAGUUCAAGAGCACCGUUGACAAGCUCAUUAAGAAGACCAACUUGGCCCUUGUGAUUGGCACUCACUCCUGGAGGGAGCAGUUCGUGGAAGCUGUGACUGUCAGCGCAGGUGAUGACGAUGAUGAAGAGGGGCGUGAGGAGCGUCUGCCAUCCUGCUACGACUACGUCAUGCACUUCCUGACGGUGUUCUGGAAGGUUCUGUUCGCCUUCGUUCCGCCCACCGAGUACUGGAAUGGCUGGGCCUGCUUCUUUGUGUCCAUCUCGGUUAUCGGCAUCCUGACUGCUGUCAUCGGGGACCUAGCCUCCCACUUCGGCUGCACUGUGGGUCUCAGGGACACUGUCACUGCCGUGGUGUUUGUGGCUCUGGGUACUUCUAUUCCUGACACGUUUGCCAGCAAGGUGGCGGCUACGCAGGACCAGCACGCUGACGCGUCGGUGGGCAAUGUGACGGGCAGCAACGCGGUCAACGUGUUCCUGGGCAUCGGAGUGGCGUGGUCGGUGGCGGCCGUCUACUGGAAGGUGCAGGGCAAGGAAUUCCGCGUGGACCCGGGCUCCCUGGCCUUCUCCGUCACCAUCUUCACUAGCUUCGCCUUCAUCUGCAUGGGCGUGCUACUGUUCCGCCGGCGGCCCUCUAUCGGGGGGGAGCUGGGUGGGCCGCGGACAGCACGCAUCAUCACCAGCCUCUUCUUCCUGGGCCUCUGGUUCCUCUACGUCCUCUUCUCCAGCCUGGAGGCCUACUGCCACAUAGAGGGCUUUUAGAGGACACAUGAGAGCAGAGACAGGGCUACUAGUCAAAACACUGAUAUACAUUAUAGUUAUUAUAAUACACACAUCUACAACAGGACAGGGCCCAGGCCAAAGGUUUGGACCUGGUCAUUGUCACUGGAUCACUAAUACCUAAGGGAUCUAUAGACAUACCAGAUAUACACACACAAUUACAUACAAAACACAUACACACACAUACUGAAAUAUGAACUGUACAUAUAACAACAUGCAUGCGCCAACAAAUGCAAAUGUGGUCUCUCACCAAGACAAACACACACACAUACAAUACUGUACAAGGGUACCACACAGGUUGUGUGUGGCCUGGAUGACACCCAGUUAACAUCAACCUCCUAUUGCACACUCAAAUGUUAUACACACUCACUGGACAAACGAGGAAGAGAAGGAGAGAAAACAAAGUAUUGGUCAAGGAAGUGAUGAAGAUGUCAAAGAAGGAAGCAUGUUCAGAAUGUAAACCAGCAUGUCGGAAAAGAGGGAGAGCGAAAGAGAGAAAGUGACAGACAGGUGUGUAGAAACUAAGUGUUGCAGUGGCAUUCUAUUCAUUCGAGUGCCAUGGGUUUUGCAGGGAUGGCCAUAGCUCUAUCACCGGUGCAGCAGAGGCAAACCAGACUCAAAGUACAGUGGUGCAAAAAAAUACUCAAUUGUCAGACUUGAGUAAAACUAAAAGUAAAUGCUAUACAUCAAAUUCCGGAUAUUAAACAAACCAGACUGCACAAAUGUAUUUUUUAUGGACAGCCAGGGGCACACUCCAAAACCUACACAUAAUUUACAAACGCAGUAUUUGUGUUUAGUGAGUCUGCCAGAUCAGAGGCAGUAGGGAUGACAAUGCGUUAUAUUGAUAGGUGCGUGAAUUGGACCAUAUUGCUCUCCUGCCUGAGCAUUCUAAAUGUAACAAGUACUUUUGGGUGUCAGGGAAAAGGUAUGGAAGUAAAAAAGUAUAUAUUUUCUUUAGGAAUGUUGUUGAGUAACAGUCAAAGUUGUCAAAAAUAUGAAUAGUAAGGUAGAGAACAGAACUUGUUUUUGGAGUACGUUUUAAGUCAAAGUAUUUUUACUUAGUUACUUUACUCCACUGCGUAGUAGUGGAAUGGGUCCAUGUUCAGUCGCUAUGACGGAGCACCAUGAAAAUGGUUGAUCAAUGAGUAAAUUGUUUACAUUUAGCAACGGGAGAUACUGAGUAAAACAACAACAAAACUGAAAGCCCCAAGUUGCAGUUAUAAUUUUCUAUAGAGAGGUGGGAAUUCCGCAUGACAUUAAAACAAGGUCUCAAUGCUGUGUUGGUGUAAAUACAUGCUUAUAUACUAUAGGAGAGUAGAUGUAUUUAUUAGAUGGACUUCUCUACAGAUAUGGUAGAAUGGGGUGGCCAAUGGGAACAGAUAUAAUGCAUGGUGUUCAGAAACUAGUCACCACUCUCCGACUUGACAGGAAAAAGACUUUUGGAGAUUGCUUGUGUAAGUUAUGUCUCCUCGACGAGACAUCAUUCUUUCUCAUAACUACAGUCCAAUCCAUUGAAGUUAAACAGAGCGAUCCAGAGGGAUUAAAUAUAAAUUUGCCUCCUCAUCUGUGGACUUCUGAAUGAAGGGAAGACAAGAGUUUCUGGAGGCAUCACUCUGAAUAAAGAAAGUCUCACAUCCAGCUCUUGAGGCUCUUACUGUUCACAUCUCACUGGACUUCAGAUAUUACAGUGGAGAUCAUAGAUCUGCAUUCCACUCCAGACAGUAGAGUCCUCCAUCACCAUCAUGUUUGAGACAUUGUACAUUUUUAUGACCUUUCGCAACCGCCAUACGAGUGAAAUGAGGAUUUAGCAAUGCAGGCACAUUGAUGGUGUAAAUAUUAUUUGUUACUGUCCAAGGGUGAGUUACUAUCCACUGAAGCACAGCACAAAACGACACAUUCAUCUCCUAGAAAUAUGAUACUACAAGAGAGUGUAUCGCCAUCUAACGUAUACUUUUCAAAAACAAUCCGUUACUUGAACACAGGUAUAAAGUCAACUUUACAAAUAUACUGUAUCCCUUUGGCUCCACGCUUGCUCAGUGGACAGUAACUAUUCAUUGUACUUUGGUGGGUGUAGAGGUAAAAGCAGAGAGGGGUGGUGAGUUUGAGGGUAGCGUUUGUUUGGUCCAAAAUAUAUCAUAUGUAAGGAUAUUGGUCACCUGUGUAAGACUUCAGGACCAGAAGAGUUCUGUACUGAGACGUCUAUAUUGUUGUUCAUUCAAUCGAAAAUCUAUCAAUAUUUGUGAAGGGAAAAAAACGUUGCUCGUUUGUGAUGCUAUAAAGGAACAACUAUCAGGUGUUGAGGGCUGUAAGUCUUUGCUGUGGAAUAGUGGGUAGAGAUGCAUGACAGAAUAAUAGUGACAGCACGGCACCGGCAUGGACAAAAAUAAUGAUAAUGAUGCAUGCAUGGGUGGUGACACGAGAAUACAGUGUGUGUGUAUUUCAUAGGAGAAUGGUUCACAUAGAGCAGGACGUCCAGACUGCAGCCAGACCUGUGAAGAGCAUACAGACUGCUUCUGCUCCUCACCUGUUAACAGUAAAGGCUGCUCUGGAAAUAUCCCAACCCCAGCUAAUUGGCCCAAAAUACAGCAACACUGGGCCACCAUCAGUACCUAAGACCAUGGCAUAUAAGUUAACUUAUUUUGGAGUGAGGCUUACUGUACUCCAACUUGUCCAACAGUGUUAAUUCCAAAUGCUCCUAUUCUUCUGGUUAUUCUGGUUUCUUACCUUUUGAAAUCCAAACUGCUCCGUUUACGUAACAGUGAAACUGGGAGAGAUUACAUUUCAACCCAUGGGUUCUCAUCAUGUUCUAAUCAGGUACUGACUGUUAUGCAGUAACUACAGAUCGUUGCUACAGUCAUUCUGCGUCAUACCCAUUUAUUGCCUUAAAGUCUAGUAUUUAAUAUUUUGUUUAAUUUGACUUGUCUUGCACUUUGUUGAGUAUGUGUAUGCUUGGAGCGGGAACCCGAAACCAAAUAGAUCUUUGUGCAAUGUGUGGAACCAGUGGCAGCUCAGAGUAAUCUCUACUACUUAGCUAAGAAAAGUGGCAGAGGUAAUAUACACUAUACAGUGGGGCGAAAAAGUAUUUAGUCAGCCACCAAUUGUGCAAGUUCUCCCACUUAAAAAGAUGAGAGAGGCCUGUAAUUUUCAUCAUAGGUACACUUCAACUAUGACAGACAAAACGAGAAGAAAAAAAUCCAGAAAAAUCACAUUGUAGGAUUUUUUGUGAAUUUAUUUGCAAAUUAUGGUAGAAAAUAAGUAUUACAGGCCUCUCUCAUCUUUUUAAGUGGGAGAACUUGCACAAUUGGUGGCUGACUACAUUACUUUUUUGCCCCACUGUAUAUACAAAAGUAUGUGGACAACCCUUCAAAUUAGUGGAUUCGGCUGUUUCAGCCACACCCAUUGCCGACAGGUGUAUAAAAUCGAGCACACCGCCAUGCAAUCUCCAUAGACAAAAAUUGGCAGUAGAAUGGCCUUACUGAAGAGCUCAGUGACUUUCAACGUGGCACCGUCAUAAGAUGCCACCAUUCCAACAAGUCAGUUCUAAAAAUGUUUGGCCUGCUAGAGCUGCUAGAGCUGCCACACAAGCUCACAGAACAGGACUGCCGAGUCUUGAAGCUCAUAAAAAUUCUUCUGUCCUCGGUUGCAAAGCUCACUACUGAGUUCCAAACUGCCUCUGGAAGAAAUGUCAACGCAAUAACUUUUUGUCGGGAACUUCAUGAAAUGGGUUUCCAUGGCCGAGCAGCCGCACACAAGCCUAAGUUCACCAUGCGCAAUGCCAAGCUUCGGCUGGAGUGGUGUAAAGCUUGCCACAAUUGGAGCAGUGGAAACACAUUUUCCGGAGUGAUGAAUCACGCUUCACCAUCUGGUUUGGCGGAUGCUAUGAGAAAGCUACCUGCUCGAAUGCAUAGUGCCAACUGUAAAGUUUGGUGUAAAAGGAAUAAUGGUCUGGGGAUGUUUUUCAUGGUUUCGGGCUAGGCCUCUUAGUUCCAGUGAAGGGAAAUCUUAGUUCUACAGCAUAGAAUGACAUUCUAGACGAUUCUGUGCUUCAAAUUUUGUGGCAACAGUUUGGGGAAGGCCCUUUCCUGUUUCAGCAUGACAAUGCCCCCGUGCACAAAGCGAGGUCCAUACAGAAAUGCUUUGUCGAGAUCAGUGUGGAAGAACUUGACUAGCCUGACCUCAACCCCAUUGGCCACCUUUUGGGAUGAAUUGGAACGCCAACUGCGAGCCAGGCCUAAUCGCCGAACAUCAGUGCCCGACCACACUAAUGCUCUUGUGGCUAAAUGGAAUCCGGUCUCCGCAGCAAUGUUCCAACAUCUAGUGGAAAGCCUUCAUAGGAGGCUGUUAUAGCAGCAAAGGGGGGACCAACUCCAUAUUAAUACCCAUGAUUUUGGAAUGAGACCUUCGAUGAGCAGGUGUCCACAUAAUUUUGGUCAUGUAGUGUAUGAUUACAUAUAAACUGAAAUAACAUCUUCAUGAAAGAUCCACUUAGGUAUACUGUGUUUACUCUGGAUUUGACUCUACUUUAUAAUAUUUUGUUACUCCUGCCCCAUUCUCAAUGAGAUGAAAGUGCAAUAAGUAAGAUAGUGGGAGAUGGGGAGGGGCAGUGAACUGUUACUGUCCAUGGUCCUUACACGUGGCUCAAUCGCCUGACUUAUUGAGUCGCUAAGAAAACAUUUAUAAUAACAGAGGACAACAAGGCUGACACAAAAUGGAGGUGUGUUUAUCCCAGUAUUGCCAGGUGUUCUGAGGUGGAUAUGGAGAGAGAAUAGAACACAGCAGUGAGGCUCUGUCAAUAUGCUGCACAAUACUAGAGACAGAUGUUAUAAGUGCAUUAAUGAGUAAUGACAUUUUGGAAAUAAAGGGAGUAAACAAACUGAACCCUUCAACUACAAAUAUACUGAUUCAAAUAGCAACUUAAUGAAUUUGGAAUGCACACUUAAGAAUAGUUAUGCAUAAAUAUGGUUAUUGAUGCUUGUAUAACAUACAAAGAUUUCAGUUACCUUGGCCCUCCUCAGUGAUUCCCCACUAACAGUGUUAGUCAACUUUUGAAAAGCAAAUUCUUAUCUCUUCUUCAACAACAAAAAAAUCCAGAAGUGACAUUUUUCUAUUUUCAAAUUAUAUUGGUAAUGGUGGAAGCACCACAGAUGUAGCCCCGAUGGUUUAGGCAGGUGAUAAAGAGGCAUUUAGAUAUUUCUCUAAUUGUCCAAUUCGAAUUUCCCCUUGAACUGUUCAUUUGAUGUACCACUAGCUGAUGUAUUAUUUCUCUCAUAAAUCACUGUGUCUUAUGUUUUUAUACUCUACAUACACAUUUCUGUUGCCCAGAUUAUUUAAAUUAUUUAUAUUUAUUAAUGAUAUUUUAUUGUUCAACGGCUCCUUGAAGCAAACCAUUUGAACCGUUACAAUGUUUCAAAGAGAGUAGUUGCAAUGUGCAAAAAUAUAAACCUGAAUCUUCUUUGAGUUCAACUUGAUGAGCAGUCAACUGGGCUCACUCAGUGGUAGUAAAACACUUAUUUUCUCCAGUGUUUGUUGCACCCUCUACCAACCGACAUACAGUACCAGUCAAACGUUUGGACACACCUACUCAUUCAAGGGGUUUUCUUUAUUUUUUACUAUUUUCUACAUUUGUAGAAUAGUAGUGAAGACAUAAAAACUAUGAAAUAACACAUAUGGAAUCAUGUAGUAACCAAAAAAGUGUUAAACAUUACAUUACAUUUAAGUCAUUUGGCAGACUAAAUAUAUUUUAUAUUUGAGAUUCUUCAAAGUAGCCACCCUUUGUCUUGAUGACAGAUUUGCACACUCUUGGCAUUCUCUCAACCAGCUUCAUGAGGUAGUCACUUGGAAUGCAUUUCAAUUAACAGGUGUGCCUUGUUCAUUUGUGGAGUUUGAGACAAUCAGUUGUGUUAUGACAGGGUACGGGUGGUAUACAGAAGAUAUCCCUAUUUGUUAAAAGACCAAGUCCAUAUUAUGGCAAGAACAGCUCAAAUAAGCACAUUAUUACUUUAAGACACGCAGGUCAGUCAAUAAGGAACAUUUCAAGAACUUUUAAAAGUUUCUUCAAGAGCAGUCACAAAAAACAUCAAGCACUAUGAUGAAACUGGCUCAUGAGGACAGCCACAGCAAUGGAAGACCCAGAGUUAUCUCUGCUGCAGAGGAUAAGUUCAUUGGAGUUCACUGCUUGACAGUGUUCAAGUAACAGACCCAUCUCAACAUCAACUGUUCAGAGGAGACUGCGUGAAUUAGGCCUUCAUGAUCGAAUUGCUGCAAAGAAACAAUUACUACGGGACACCAAUAAGAGGAGACUUGCUUGGGCCAAGAAACACGAGCAAUGAACAUUAGACCGGUCGAAAUCUGUCUUUUGGUCUGAUGAGUCCAGAUUUGAGAUUUUUGGUUCCAACCACCGUGUCUUCUUGAGACACAGAGUAGGUGAACGGAUGAUCUUCGUAUUUGUGGUUCCCACUGUGAAGCAUGGAGGAGGAGGUGUGAUGGUAAUUUACUGGUGACACUGUCAGUGAUUUAUUUAGAAUUCAAGGCACACUUAACCAGCAUGGCUACCAAAGCAUUCUGCAGCGAUAUGCCAUCCCAUCAUUUGUUUUCAACAGGACACUGACCCAACACACCCCCAGGCUGUGUAAGGGCUAUUUGACCAAGAAGGAGAGUGAGGCAGUGUUGCAUCAGAUGACCUGGCUUCCACAGUCAUCCAACCUCAACCCAAUUGAGAUGGUUUGGGAUGAGUUGGACCGCAGAGUGAAGGAAAAGCAGCCAACAAGUGCCCAGCAUAUGUAGGAACUCCUUCAAGACUGUUGGAAAAGCAUUCCAGGUGAAGCUGGUUGAGAUAAUGCCAAGAGUGUGCAAAGCUGUCAUCAAGGCAAAGGGUGGCUACUUUGAAGAAUCUCAAAUCUAAAACUAUAUUUUGAUUUGUUAAACACUUUUUUUUGUUACAUGAUUCUAUAUGUGUUAUUUCAUAGUUUUGAUGUCUUCAGGAUUAUUCUAUAAUGUAUAAAAUA